CCCCCCCCCACCCCCUCAGAUCACAGCCAUAAUGGCGUUAUUAAGCUACAAGACUGUACUUUUCACACUAAGGACUGUUUCCUGUAGAGCCUGCGGUUGUCCACAACCAGUCCAGCAUUUACUAAAAUCGUACUUACGUGACACAAAGUUUCCAGACGGUAGCCCACCAAAAUCUCAGCCUCUAAACAAGCUUGCGAAAUAUUCAACCUAUUGUGGCAGGACACAGAGAUGUUUGUCGGCAGUCGCCAGUUCAGUACUCAAAAAAGAACAGCAGAGGCUAUUAUCCAGGUUUGACUUUCUGGACAUGGAGGAUGUUGAAGAAAUAAUAAUCAAGGCAGAGAGCAGCAAACAUUUAAGGAGAUUUGUUCUCAAUCCUGACCUGGCAAAUCUCAUCGUGGAAUGCCUUGAUGGUGACCUCUCUGAAAAUAAUGCAGUAAUUUUUGAGUGCAAUCCGGGGCCUGGAGUUUUGACACGUGCAUUGCUGAAUGGUGGAGCACAGAGAGUGGUGGCUCUGGAGCGUGACAAGCAGUUUCUCCCUGCAUUACAGUCCCUAGAAAAGCAUUUGAAUGGACAGUUGGAGGUGGUUCACUGUGAUUUCUUCAGACUGGAUCCAAUUGGUCGUGGCCUAGUGAGGCCUCCUGCCAUGUUAUCUGAAAAACUCUUCAAUGACCUGGGAAUAUCACCGGUUGCUUGGACUGAAGAUAUUCCAGCAAGAGUAGUUGGAAUCAUCCCACAAAGAAAUGAACGAAGCAUGCUAUGGAAGCUUGUUUAUGCUAUGUUUGAACGGAUUUCAGUGUUUCAACAUGGGAGAAUAGAAAUGAAUAUGCUUAUGAGUGAGAAAGAAUACACGAAGCUGACAGCAGAGGCUGGAAAUCUGAAACACUAUCAGGCAUUGACAGCCCUGUGCCAGAUUGCUUGUGAAAUACAGCUGUUGCACAAGGAACCUUGGUCAUCUUUUGCUACAAAUUCUAAAAAUGGAGGAUGUGCUAUACCACGGAGUUCACUAACAAAUGAUCAUUUGUGUCUUGUGCGACUGACUCCACGCAGAGACUUAUUCAAUCAGACUUUGACAGCUGCCAAUUCAUCCACAUUGGUUCUGAUGCUAAAGCAGUGCCUUGCAAAACGUAAAGCUAAACUAAUUAACCGACUGGAGUCCUGGUGUCCUGGAAGUGGAGAGAAGUUAUUGAUGCAACUAGAUUUACCAAAGGAUGUAUUAACAGGUGAUGUACAUCCAGAGGAGUACAAGGAACUCUUUGAAGCAAUGGAGCGCUCUCAGGAUUUCAGUCAAAGCUGGCUCUAUGAUGAGGUCCUGGAGAACAUGAAUUUUACAUUAUCGCACAUCUGAAUGCAUAACUUCAAAUAAAACUGUCCUAUUCUUCGAUCGCUCUCAUGGCUGUUUGAAUGUUACACAGCUGCAACUGCAACCAAAUCAUUGGGAGACCUUCAAGAGCUUUUAUGCGUUUAACUAAAAAUAUGGUCCAUUUCUGAAAUCUUGUUUCAUACACCCAGUCAGUGAAAUCUUCAUGUUGGCUUCAAUCUUGAUGUUGCAGACCCCACUCACCAAUGCUUCCUUAUGGAGAUUACAAGGAAUGUUGAUCUUGACGUAGGCCAUUCGAAUUCCUGCACAGAGCUCAAUUGACAAAUAUGGAAUGAAACUCCGUGGUGGAGAGUACAUGUUGUACAGAAAUACAGAUUGUAGCAAUUAGUGCUGUUUAAACUUAUCCAAAGACUGAAUUUUAUUCAAAUGAAUAUUUUUAUUGAAGCAAUGUUCUAAUAUGAAAUAUAAUUAUCAUUAAAUGCUUCUGUUCAGC